AUGGUCACUGAAAUCGGCCAGAAGGAGAUCGAGAUCCAGCCCGGAUAUGUCGGCAACUUGACAGCCGAACAAGAAGAGAAGCUCCAAGAGCUUUGGAUGAAGUUCUUCGAGACUUGCGAAAACGCCGACGACAAUGAUACCGACAUGCAAGCCAAAACUAAAGGCGGCGGAGACCUUGGCGGCUGGGACGAGAAGAAGUCCGGCCCAGAUGGUGCUGGCAUUCCCAAAGACGACAAGGCCAAAGAUGAACUUAAGGCGCGUGAAGAACAGGCCGCUCUCGACGAGCUUCUUAACACCUACGGUCCCUCAGCACUGCGCAACACAUUCUGGAAAUUCGUCAAGAUGGACAAUCCCGACACCGACGUCCUGCGAUUCCUCCGUGCUCGAAAGUGGGACGUAUCGCGAGCUUUUGCCAUGAUGGCUGGAUGUAUGAAGUGGCGUCUGGACAAUAAUGUCGAGGAGCUCGCUGAGAACGGUGACUUGGGUAACGACAAGAUCGAGAAAUUCUUGGAACAGCAACGUAGCGGCAAGACCUACGCCAUGGGAACUACCGACAAUGAGAUGCCCAUCUGCUACAUUCACGUCAAGAAGCAUCUCACGUGGGGCCAGCCUGCCGCUUCCAUGUCCAAGUACGUCAUCUACGCCAUGGAGUCGUUCCGUCUGCUGAUGCAGCCUCCCAACGACAAAGUCGUCCUUCUCUUCGAUUUGACUGGCUUCGGUCUCAAAAACAUGGACUGGAACUGCAUUCUCUUCAUUGUCAAGUGUCUCGAGGCGUACUACCCAGAGUCGCUCGGCACUCUCUACAUUCACAAUGCACCCUGGAUCUUCUCCGGUAUCUGGAAGCUCCUCGGUCCUAUGCUCGACCCUGUGGUGCGAAGCAAGAUCAAGUUCACCAAGAAGCCUGAAGACCUCGAUCUCGUCCCCAAGGAGCGCCUUCUUACCAGCAUGGGAGGUGAGAACACCAGUGAGUUCGAGUUCGUCGAGCCUGUCGAGGGCGAGAACGACCAGACCAAGGAUGAAGAGGGCAAGAAGCGCACGUGGAACAACUACAUGUCUGUCGCCAAGGAGUACGAACAGAUCACACGCAAGUGGUGCGAGACAAAAGGUCAAGACAAGGAGAUCGCCAAGAAGCGUGAACUUCUCGUCAAGAAGCUGCGCGUGGCACAGUUCGAGCACGAGCCCUACUUCCGCGGAAAGGCCAUCUACCACCGUGACGGUACCAUUGACGGUCAGGGUGUCGUGACAUGGAACUACAAGCAAAAGAACGGUGAAGUGAUCCGACACGUUGUCGGUCGUCGAUCUUGCGUUGCAACGCUGAAGAAGGAGAUUGAGGAGAUUGAGGGUGGAGCUGACCCAGAAGAGAUAGAGAAGCGCAUCGGUGAGAAGGUAGAGUCGGAAGGGCUGGAUGCUGUCGGAGGUGCUGCUGCUGCUGCUGGUGCCGCUGCUGCAGCCGACGCUACUGCAGAUGAUGACGGUGAAGCAUUCCACGAUGCCCCUGUUGCAUCGAUAGCUGCGACAAAGCAGGCCGUCGGUGCUGACACAGAAAAGGUCGUCUCGCACGACGAAGCAGCAGCCAAGAAACAGUCCAACGGCCACGCCGACGCCAGCAAUGGCCACGCAAAUGGUCAUGCCAACGGCAGCCUCAAGAAAGCGACCAGCAGCCCCAACGCUAAAAAUGCAGGCAGCACCGACUACAAGACCGAAGACGCCGCUGAGCGUCGCAGCCUCACAAAGAGUGGUAGCAUCAAAUCAUUGAAGAAGAGCUCGGGCUUUGCCAAGCUCAAGUCGGUCAUCAACCCCGGCAAGGCCUAA